GCUAUAAAGAUUGGGAAGCGGCUGGGCUUUAAUUAAACUGAAAGAAAUUUCUGUUGCGACAAGAAUUUUCAGCACGCAUAUACGAUCAUCCAACAUUUCACAACGGACGCUUCAACAUAUGCUCAAGCAUUUUCCUUGGAAAGAAAAUCGUUUUCUCCUUCAUAAUCCAAUCCUCUUCGUUGAUUCCAGCUCUUCACAUGAGUGAAACGUCUAUACCACCCAAUUGAAAAGGCGUAGUGGUGAACGGUUAUAAAGACCACUCGACAUUCAUCCUUCGUUCCUAGACUGUGGUUACAUACAUUUGUUAAAAUCAAACUUGAUUGAAAACGUUCAUGUAAAGCCAAAUCAUGAAUAAUUCAAAUUGCAACACCAAGCUACAAAACUCAAGUUCCACGGCUUUACAAGUCAAAGAUCCACUUUAUUCUGCUAUUAUCGUUAAUAUCGUCUUCAACAGUUGUCUCUGUUAUACCACGAUUAUGCUGAACAUUGUCACCAUCUACGCUCUAAGGAGAACGUCUUCACUUCCAAAGCCUUUCAAAACAUUGCUUCUAAGUCUUGCAGCUUCUGAUCUUGGUGUUGGUUUACUGGGUCAACCUUUACGUCUCGCCUAUCUGGAUGUGAAAUUACAAUGCAGCCUUUCUAAUCGGCCCAUUCUUGUUGCAUCUACUCGUGUUAUUUUGAACAUUUUUUAUUUAUCUUCCUUUUGUAGUGUUAUGGCUUUAAGUGUGGAUAGAUUCUUUGCCAUUCAAAAGCCUCUACGAUACCAGGAUUUGGUAACUCACAGGCGAGUUGCUAUUGCUGUCAUUGGAAUAUGGUCUGUCAGUGCACUGUUAGGGCUGUCCUUUGUGUUCGUUCUUCCAGGCAAAAUCACUAUUGUGAUCAUUCUCAUCAUAGAAUCCGUCUGUUUUAUUGCAACGACUUGGUCUUCCUAUAAGAUAUACAUAACUGCGAGACAACACAACAUACAAAUUCAAUCCCAAACACGACGAAAUAGCGGCAUGCUAAAUAUUGUGAGUCUCAGAAAAUCUGCCCAAAGUACUCUUUUCAUCUACGUGGCAUUUUGGGUUUGUUAUCUGCCCCACUUUAUUUUGACUGGUCGUCUCAUACACGCAGGGCGAACUAUGACUUUAAGCACGUUGAAUCAUUUCUUCGGAACCCUUGUACUCCUUAACUCCUGCCUCAAUCCCGUCAUUUACUGUUGGAGGAUAAGAAAUAUUCGACACGCUAUAAUAGAAACUCUUCGAAACAUAAGGAGGGGGAAGUAAUUGUGCAGCCGUAGAUAAAUACUUUGUUAAAAUAUAUGAAGGGGCUCUAAGAUGUUUUUAAUUUCUGAUUAUUUUCCAGAAGAACGAAAGACAUUUAAGAAGAAAACGCCUUUGAAAAAUUGAGAAGAGACCGAGACGAAAGUCAGUGUGCUUGAGUUUCAGGCCAGCUGUAAACAUCAUUCAGCUGAUAUCGUUUGAGCCACUCGGCAAAGCAUUCAAAGUGCAAACAUUUUUAAUUGCAACGCUUUUACUCAUGACAAGUUUCUCGAUUUCUUAAGUACCAGGCACUAUCAGUGACAAUAUUUUACUUUUUCGUCCUGCUCUUUAAAAGCGUUUGUAAGUUGUAAUUAUGCUAAAGCCAGGCAGG